CCGAGCAAGCACGCGAACCGGCAAUGAUAGAGCAAGUGUGCAUAAAGCCGCACGGCCACAGACUCAGCAAACUCUUUUUCCGUCGCGUGGGUUGAGCGGUAGUACGCUGCUCCCCUGUGUCGUCCUCGUCGUCGUCCUAGGUUCUACAGAUUCAGAAUUGCAAUUAUCCUGUGAUCCAAAGAAAUGUUUGGGCGUGUGCCAAGGAGGAGCAACAACACCAAGUACUAUGAGGUGCUUGGCGUCUCUAGUACUGCAAGCCAGGAUGAGCUCAAAAAAGCAUACAGAAAGGCUGCGAUCAAGAGCCACCCUGACAAGGGUGGUGACCCAGAAAAGUUUAAAGAAUUAUCUCAAGCUUAUGAGGUGCUUAGUGACCCAGAGAAGAGGGAGAUAUAUGACCAAUAUGGAGAGGAUGGUCUCAAGGAGGGAAUGGGAGGAGGUGGUGACUUCCAUAAUCCGUUUGACAUAUUUGAGCAGUUUUUUGGUGGUGGUUCCUUUGGGGGAAGUAGGUCAAGAGUACGCAGACAGAAACGUGGUGAGGAUGUGGUGCAUUCUCUGAAGGUGUCUUUAGAAGAUGUGUACAAUGGGGCUACCAAGAAAUUAUCGUUAUCACGGAAUGUUCUAUGCUCAAAGUGCAAAGGAAAAGGAACCAAGUCUGGAGCACCUGGAACAUGCUAUGGUUGUCAUGGUAUAGGAAUGAAGACUAUAACAAGACAGAUAGGAUUAGGCAUGAUCCAACAGAUGAAUACUGUUUGCCCUGAAUGUACAGGAUCAGGUGAAAUCAUUCGUGAAAGGGACAGAUGCCCAAGCUGCAGAGCCAACAAAGUUGUUCAAGAGAAGAAGGUUCUUGAGGUUCAUAUUGAGAAAGGGAUGCAACAUGGCCAAAAGAUUGUAUUCCAGGGCGAAGCUGAUGAAGCUCCUGACACAGUGACAGGAGACAUUGUUUUUAUCUUGCAAGUUAAAGAGCAUCCAAGAUUCAAGAGGAAAUAUGAUGACCUGUUCAUUGAGCACACAGUUUCUCUGACGGAAGCUUUGUGUGGGUUCCAGUUCAUUCUGACCCAUCUUGACGGUAGGCAACUUCUAAUCAAGUCCAAUCCUGGUGAAAUUAUUAAACCCGGUCAACACAAGGCUAUAAACGACGAGGGUGUGCCACAGUAUGGCCGGCCCUUCAUGAAGGGCCGUCUCUUUGUGGAAUUCAACGUCGAGUUUCCUGAAUCUGGCACACUCUCCCCUGACCAAUGCCGGGCGCUUGAGAAGGUGCUGCCACAGUUGCCUAGGGGACGUCUGUCAGACAUGGAGGUGGAUCAGUGCGAGGAGACCAUAAUGCACGAUGUCAACAUAGAAGAGGAGAUGAGGCGUAGGAAGUACCAAAGGCAGCGGGAAGCCUACGAAGACGUCGACGAGGAUGAGGAUGCUGGGCCAAGGGUGCAAUGUGCCCAGCAGUAAGAAGCAAGAAGAUGUUUAACGCUCUGUCUGUCUAUCAUAAGCCAUAAUAAACCCCCACACAGAUUUAAUUAGUUGUUGGUGUAUGAGAAAUUAAAGUAUUAGCGAGUCUCUUACAUUGUCUGAGGGGGUGUUUGGAUCCAUGGACUAAUUUUUAGUUCGGGUCAACAUCAGAUGUUUGGAUACCAA